AUCUCGGAAGUUGUUUUGUGACCGUCAAAGGGGCAGACAUUUUGGCCCAUGUAGACGUCAAUUUUGCAAGAUUCUCUGAAGAACAAAAUAAUUCUCGUCAUCUGCAAUAAUUUCUCUGUGUGUUUGUACACUCAUAUUUCACCAGAAUCAUGUGGUAUGAGAUAUUGCCCGGUUUCGCCGUUAUGACAGUUUGUCUGAUGAUUCCAGGCAUCGCAACUGCUCAAAUCCAGAAGUUCACAAACGGUGGCAAGGAAAAGAGGAUUGUACGGGUUCCCUAUCAAUGGUAUUUGAUGGAGAGAGACAAGAGAGUGUCUGGAACUGGUGCACACUACCAUGCCAAGGGACUUGAAAACAUCAAAUGAAGAUCCAUCAAGCAACAAUUGAAAUGUACAUUUUGUCCAGUCGUCUAUUAAAAUGUUAUCUUUAAAUUA